AUGCUCAUCUCCAACAUCUUCACCACUGUCAUCACCGCCUGCGCCGUCCUGGGUUCCGCCGCCUCUGCCGCCGACUUCAAGCUCAAGAAGAGCGGCAAGGCCAACUGCUCCAGCCAGGAAGGCCCAGCACGUGAUUACAACCGCGGCGCCUGCCACCCGUUGUACAGCACCGACCAUGGCAUGAGGAUCCUCGAGCACAACACCGCUUGCAAGAUUCGAUGCUACCCGGGCGGAAACUGUGACGGGAACGUGGUCAGGGCCUUCAGCUCCCACCAGUGCCACUCGCUGCAGGGAUGCUGGUCCUUCAGAGUUGAGUGCUAG